GGAUGAGGGCGGCCAUUGCUGGGGCUCCGCCGCGGGGAGGAGGACGCUGAGGAGGCGCCGAGCAGCGCAACGCUGCGGGGGAGGCGCCCGCGCCGAAGCGGGGCUCAUGGCCAGGACCACCAGCCAGCUGAUAGAAUUUCGUGUAAUGAAUGGGCUGGAGUCAACACAGUAUAUAGCUGAAGAUGACCUUGAACUUCUGGUCCUCCUGUCUCCACUGGGCUUUGUGCAGACCACACUGGGAAGGAUUGAUUCCUUAUCAAGGUGCCUGAUUCAAGUAUGAUGCUGUUCCUAUUCAGUCCAGUGUGGUGCUAUGUUCCUGCCCAUCCCCAUCAAUGGUGAGGUCCCAGACUGAGUCCAGUUCGGCCCCUGGCAUGCCUAGUGGUGUUACCAGGCAGGGACCCACCAUGGAUGGCACCACAGCCGAAGCCCGACCAAAUACCAACCCCUUGCAGCAGCACCCUGCCCAGCUGCCACCACAGCCUCGCAAGAAGCGGCCUGAAGACUUCAAGUUUGGGAAAAUCCUUGGCGAGGGCUCUUUUUCGACAGUUGUUCUGGCCCGAGAACUGGCCACUUCCAGAGAAUAUGCUAUUAAAAUUCUGGAGAAACGUCAUAUUAUAAAAGAGAACAAAGUCCCGUACGUAACUAGAGAGAGAGAUGUGAUGUCACGCCUGGAUCACCCAUUCUUUGUGAAACUUUACUUUACAUUUCAGGACGACGAAAAGUUGUAUUUUGGCCUUAGUUAUGCCAAAAAUGGAGAAUUACUUAAAUAUAUCCGCAAAAUCGGUUCAUUUGAUGAAACCUGUACCCGCUUUUACACGGCUGAGAUUGUGUCUGCUUUAGAGUACUUGCACGGAAAGGGCAUCAUUCACAGAGACCUUAAACCAGAAAACAUUUUGUUAAAUGAAGACAUGCACAUCCAGAUCACAGAUUUUGGAACAGCAAAAGUGUUAUCCCCAGAGAGCAAACAAGCCAGGGCCAACUCAUUUGUAGGAACAGCACAGUAUGUUUCUCCAGAGCUGCUCACAGAGAAGUCGGCGUGUAAGAGUUCAGACCUUUGGGCUCUUGGAUGUAUAAUCUAUCAGCUUGUGGCAGGACUUCCACCGUUCAGAGCCGGAAAUGAAUAUCUUAUAUUUCAGAAGAUUAUUAAGCUGGAAUAUGAUUUCCCAGAGAAAUUCUUUCCUAAGGCAAGAGAUCUUGUGGAAAAACUCUUGGUUUUAGAUGCCACAAAGCGUUUAGGCUGUGAAGAGAUGGAAGGGUACGAGCCUCUCAAAGCUCAUCCGUUCUUUGAGUCCAUCACAUGGGAGAAUCUGCACCAGCAGACACCUCCAAAACUUACAGCUUACUUGCCAGCCAUGUCAGAAGAUGAUGAAGACUGCUAUGGCAACUAUGACAAUCUCCUGAGUCAAUUUGGCUGCAUGCAGGUGUCAUCCUCCUCCUCUUCCCACUCCCUAUCUGCGGUGGAUACCAGCCUGCCCCAGAGGUCGGGCAGCAACAUAGAGCAGUACAUCCAUGAUUUGGACACUAACUCUUUUGAACUAGACUUACAGUUUUCAGAAGAUGAAAAAAGGUUGUUAUUGGAAAAGCAAGCCGGUGGAAACCCUUGGCACCAGUUUGUAGAAAAUAAUCUAAUAUUAAAAAUGGGCCCGGUGGAUAAGCGAAAGGGUUUAUUUGCAAGACGACGGCAGUUAUUACUCACAGAAGGGCCACAUUUAUAUUAUGUUGAUCCUGUCAACAAAGUCUUGAAAGGUGAAAUUCCAUGGUCACAAGAACUUCGACCAGAGGCCAAGAAUUUUAAAACUUUUUUUGUCCACACGCCUAACAGGACGUAUUACCUGAUGGAUCCAAGCGGGAAUGCUCACAAGUGGUGCAGAAAGAUCCAGGAGGUUUGGAGGCAGCGGUACCAGAGCCAUCCAGAUGCUGCUGUGCAGUGACGCGGCCUGCGGCCGGGCUGCCUAUCGCUGCCAGGACACCUGCCCCAGCGCGGCUCGGCCGCCACCCAGGACGCUUCCAGACCACCUGCCAGCCAUCUCAAGGAGAACAUGGAUGGUGGAAACCUUGCAGCUUUUUUAUUUAAAAGAAAAGAAAAAAAGAACCCAGCCACACAAAGAACAAAACAAAUAACCAACAAACAGGAAUUCAGGGUCGCUUUGCUUGCUCUCUGUGCUAUGUGGUGGCUUCCAUGUGCUGCUGUGGCCAUGGAGACCCAGCUCCUUGCACGGUAGCUCAGCUUCUGCCCAGACCAGUGACCAGAUUUGGCAUCACCAGUCCCUUCUAGCAUCCACAGGAACUGCAUGCCUGCUUCUACCCUUCCCCACCUGAUAAACACAGCUCCUGCUGUAACUAAGGGACCGGGUGUAUCUGGCUCUCCUUCACCAGAGAGCCUCUUUACUCUGCUGGGUUGAUCACCAGCUCACUGUGGGUACAGGGCUCUUAGCUUGUGUGUGUACCUCCUUCCUUGAGUCCCUUAUAUGGCCCUAGAGAUGUGGUCAGGUAUGUUUCUGAUGACAGAAUUUCUGUGGUUCCUGCCCUACUGUAGGCAGGCUGAUGGUGAGAAGUGUGCAGGCUGCUGUGGCUACAGUCUGCUCUCGUUGGGCUCUGCUCUAGCAUUCCACUUCCUAGCAGUUCAUCCAGGGAAUGAGGCACCAAGCACGUGUCCGGCAGGGGUGCUGUCAUACCAGCACCUAGAUAACACCAACUAGAUCACUAUCGGGUACAGAAUCCUGCCCUGACUUGGACAAGACUGGAGCUCCCAUGUGGAGGAGUGGUGUUCAGGCCUUCCUGGGAGUUUCUGCAUACGUUUCAUGUGUAGGCCACAUGCUCUGUGAGACAGGGACUGAGAAAAUCCCGGCCAAUCUCCUGCCCAGUCUCAGCUAGCUCAGUUUUUAUAUCUCUGUUGAAAAUCUGAAAGCCUUUUCAUGUUGCUUGGUCACUUGGUACCAUAAAGCAUGGACCUUGCCUGGAAAGAGUGUUACCACUGUCUAGCUCACAGGAACAGCCCACCCAAGCCUGAGCUUGCCUGUGCUGGCAUACCCUGAUGCUGAGCUGACAGUGUUUUUGUUUUGUAAUACAGAUGGCCUGGACUAUUUCAGUACACUUGCAGAGUGCUUCUGAGCGACUUGGCUGUACCUCUCUCUGACUAGGAUAUUCCUAAUGGGUGACCCUUGGUCUCUAGUGGGGAAAAGUAGGCACCUGCCUUCAUAGACUGCUCACAGGAACACCUCUGACUCCCAUGUUAUGAAGGCAGCAACAAUUUUGCCAUUUAUGUAGACUUUCACAAAGGCACUCCAAAAAUGCCCACACAGCAAUUACCCCUGUCCACAGUGAUCACCUGUGGGCCAGGUUACCCAAACUGAGAGGGAAAGAUUCUGUUUAACAAUGAGAGUGGUUCUUUCAAACUGGGUGGAGUGUAGAUGAAAAGCUCACCAUCAUGCCUUGGCAGGGGUGCUGGAUGGGAGCAGACUUUGCUGUAUUGUAGGAUAAGAACUUUAGGUGGCCAAGGAGCAGGUGUCAGGACCACACCUGCCCCUUGGACCCAGGGAACAGAUAGCUUAGCACGCUAUCAGCCUGUGAGUGGAAGUAGACACUUUUUUUUCCUGGUUUUUGAAGAACCAUGUUAGCUAAACUUGGCUGUCUCCUCCUUAGAGUUCUGUUCUUGCUCAUGCCUUGUGGCUAUUUAGCCCUCAGUAUCCUGUGCCCUGUGUUUGCACGUAUAAGAGUGGCUUCCUGGUUGUCACAUGCAUGUAGAUACAGGGAGAGGCAUCUCUGAGGACACUUAACUACAGGGGACCAUGUGGGGCUGAGGCGUGGCUUAAGUUAGAAUACCUGGCUGGCUUAUGGGAGAGUCCUCUGUUGCUUUCUCCCCUGGAGAGCAACGCUACCUCCUGGGCUUUACCAAGUGCCAUCCUAACCUCUAAAAUUAGGGUUUUGCUGAACUGGUAGUGGGUGGCCAUGAUGACUGCCCUAUGCUACAAUAGCUGAGCUCUUCCCAGGUCACCUUUAUAUCCUUACUGCCCCCUUUUCCUUGAUUUUUUUUUCCCUUUAAGAACCAUGUACAUUCUUUCUUACCCUGGCUUAUAUCACUUUCGGUUUUUUCUAGUCAUCCUUAGAGCCGUCACCCAGUGUGCAGGUGCCUUACACUGUAGGACAGGAUGUGGGUAUCAGUUUGUACAAUUUUGUCUGUGUGUGUGUGCGUGUGCAUGUGUAUAAAAGCAAAUGGGUGAAUCUAUCUAAGGAGAGAAAGAAAUGUCUCAUUAGGAGCUCCAGAAGUCAUGUGAAUGGUAAGGAUGAAUAGAAAGUUGAAGACUGUCCUCUGGCUUCUCACAGUGGACUGUACCUCACUGCCCACUAGCCAUGCCUUUUCUUGGUGUCAAAUGAAGUUGAGCUUGAAUAAGUCAUUUCUACCUGUUUUUCUGUGCUCCGGCUGGGUAGUGGACAUAUCCAUGUAGCUAAACUCUAACCUAGUAGAUGCAGUAAAAAACCACUUUGAGAAAGAUGACUUGUGUUAGGCUGGUAGAAACUGCACCUGCUGCAGCGCUCUUUGGGCUAAAAACCCUAGUGUUGUGAUCCAAGCUUGAAGUAACCUUGCAGAUAGCCAAGUGUGGCACAGACUCCUAGGUGAUUGUGUGCUUUCUUAAAAGUAAUGUGUUUUCUGAAAGUAAAAGAAAAAAAGAAAGGCCCAUUAUUCAGAGACCACUGUGAGCAUUUUGAUGUAGAUCCUGCUUUUCCCUCCCCAACUUUUUCUUGUUGUUAUUGUUGGUUUUUUUUUUUUUUUUUUUUUUUUUUUUUUUUUUUUUUUUUUUUUUUUUUUUUUUUUUUUUUUUUUUUUUUGGCUUUUUCGAGACAGGGUUUUCUGUGGCUUUGGAGCCUGUCCUGGAACUAGCUCUGUAGACCAGGCUGGUCUCGAACUCACAGAGAUCCGCCUGCCUCUGCCUCCCGAGUGCUGGGAUUAAAGGCGUGCGCCACAACCGCCCGGCUUGUUGUCAUUGUUGUCCCAGUGCUGGGAAUGGAAUCAGGGCCCUCAGAAGUGCUAAGCAAGUCCUCUACCACUGAGCUACACCCUUAGCCCUUGUUUGCUUCUUAAACCAAACUGGGAACAUACGACACACAUCAUUUUGCAUCCAGCCUUUUCUCUUGACAUUUUUUCCCUUUAGCAUUUCUCUAUACCACGAGCAGUUCUUCAAAAGCAUGUUUUUAAUAAUUGUGGACUCAAAUGGUUGGUUAAUAAGUUAUCCAACUGUCUCCCUGUUGUAAAACAUUCAGAUCCUUUUGGGUUUUUUGUUUGUUUGUUUGUUUGUUUUUGCUAUUUAAAUAAUGCUGUGGUGAAUAUACUUACGUCUUUGAUUUUUUACUCUGAUUUUUUUCUCUCAUAUGCCUGCAAGUGGUAUUUUUGAGUCAAAGAAUUUGUUCAUUUCAUAGCCGUUCCUCCUCUUUGGUCUGUUUAGAUGCUCUGAGUUCCAGUAAUAAACCCUCCUUCCUCAUGUCCUACAGAUUUUGAUCACAUCAGUUCCUGCUAAGCUGUGUAUUCCCAAGAAAGUUUGACUAUGACUGCUCUUUUUUUUUAAUCUAAAAUGUCAUUAGUGCAGAUCCAUUUGUGUCAAAUUUUUCCAAAAGCCCAGUUUCUUCAUUUUCAUUGCAAGAAUCUGGUCAUGCAUGUUACUUCUCUUCCAUCAUUGCUGCUAUGGCUUCCAAGAGCUUGGUGAUGUUUUCAGAAUCCUGUACUUUGUGUUCACAAUGGUACUGAAUCUGCUUCUGCACAGUCAGCAGAGAUAAAGUGUUGAACUGACCUUGCCACAUUCUUAAUGGGUAAUUCGUAAUUACGUUUAUAGACUCAGAGAGUGCAUUUGGCCAUCUUAGGAUCAGUAGCAAAGCAGAGUAGCAAAGCUCUAAUUGAAAAAAAAAAACCAUGUAGAUGAUUGGGUUUUAUAAACGUACAGUUGUGAGUGUCCUUGCUCCACCCCCCACCCCACCCCCACCCAUUGGCAGUUCGGGAGAGUGCAGUGGCCAGACCUUCUCAUUGCAGAGGAUGGGUAUUCCAGCUGAUGCUUAUGUAAACCUUCCUGUGUGCCGCAGGUAAUUAUGGUCUUUGAAUAAAGCCCACACACCCAAAUUGGGUUGUAUCUGUUUUGUGGGGCCUCUACUUGGAAACAUGAAGUAAAGAUUUACUGGGCACCUGAUUCUACCAGAGUGUAUGGCUUGAGAUGUGUGAAAAUCAGCUCCCCGCUUUCUCAUGCCUCAAGACUUCUCCCUACUGCUCCAUAGACUCGGGGUGCUUAUAGCUGAGACUUGGGAGACUGUAGCAACUCAUGAGUAUGGUGAAGAUACCAUGUACCUAGAGAUGUUGCAGUACACUUUUUCCAUUUUUUUUCAUUGCAGAACCCAACAUAAACUGACUCCAGUGGGGGUAGCACCUCUUAGGUACAAUGUAUGACAAGGGCCCUGGCAUAUUAGAUGGGACUGAGACCACUCUCAGAGCCUCUGACGAUAACUGGCAUCUGGCCUAACACUUAAGGGUUAUAAGUCAGAAUGGUUGUGGAAAAAUGGCCUAGGAAGGAAGCUGUUUCUGUCAAAGCACCUAUGCAGUGGUAAGCAAAUGAAUUAACCAAUGUGAAUACCUGGAAAUUCCCUGUAUCUGAAUGAAGAAUUCAAACUGUACAGAAGGUUUUACAAAAGGCAAAUUUCCCCCUCCUCAUGUCGUCCAGCCUAGUUUAAUCAUCUGGGUUAGUGACUACAAGUGAGUCAUUGUGCAGGUAAAAGCCUCUAUUAUGACCAUUGUUUGAUUGGACAUUGGCAAAUUAAACUGUUACAGUAUUUAGAGCUGCUGCGGCUGUUUCAUAGCCACGUACAGUAGGAUGAAUCAGUAGUCUACUGCUGUCGUUCAGGUUGGUGGCAGUCAGUUAGAACAUUUGUAAUAUUCUCUACCUGGUCUGUAGCUGUAACUGUGAUGUACAGGCAAAGCAAAAAUUAAAAAUACUUAUGAAAACAGAUAAUGCAAUGAUACUAGGAUAUACACUUUUGUAUUUUUAUUCUUAUAUAAGGUUAUUUGCUGGCUAUUGUCGGCCUCUAGUUCAGUCUGUUAUUUAAAUUCUAAUAUAUGAAUUAUUUGGAUUGAAUUCAUGUUUGGGGCCACGUUGUUGUAUGUAUUGAUGUACAGCCUUGAAUGUGAAUAAUUAUUGUAAACUAUAUUUUACAACUUUUUCCUGGCUUUAUUAUAUAAAUUUUCUAUUUGGUCAUGGUUUAAUCAUAUAAUUUAAUGAAACAAUUUUUUCCUUUUUUUUUCAAAUAUCUGUGCUUUAGAUGUAAUUACCGGAUGAUGGAUUUCCCUCGUAUGCUCGGUAGUCUUGUAAUAAAAGCAUGUAGAGUGUA